AUGGCGAGUGGAGGGUUUGUGGACUGGCGAGGAAACCUCGUCGACAGACAGGUGCAUGGAGGGGUUAAAGCAGCAUGGUUUCUGUACUUCCUGACAUUUGUAAUAAACAUGGUGAAUGUCCCAAUUUUGCUGAAUUUGGUCACCUACCUCCGAGGAACAAUGCAUAUGGGAGUGUCGGACUCUGCAACUACAGUCACUAAUUUUGUUGGUGCUACAUCCGGAUUUGCUUUGAUAGGAGCUUUCCUCUCGGACUCUUACAUCACUCGUUCUAGAACUAUACUUCUCUUGGGUCCAUUGGAGUUUCUGGGCUACGGAUUGCUUGCAUUGCAAGCCUACGUUCCAUCACUCCAUCCACCAACUUGCAACAUUGAAGCCGAAUCAAGUAAUUGCAAAGAGGCCCAUGGUUGGAACGCUACACUGUUUUACACAGCCCUGUAUAUCAGUGCAUUUGGUGAAGGUUGCAUCCGUGCUUGCUUGCCAUCUCUUGGAGCAGACCAGUUUGACCAUGAAGAUCCCUCCGAGUCCCACCAACAGUCCAGCUUCUUUAACUGGUUCACCUUUGGGAUCUCCUUUGGAGGUUUUGUGGGGCUAAUUUUCAUUGUGUGGCUUGAGAACUACAAGGGGUGGGACAUUGGACUUGGCCUGUCUGCUAUCCUAAUUCUGCUUGGGUUGCUUGUGUUUGCGGCUGGCCUCCCAUUUUACCGCAACCAAGUACCUGAAGGAAGCCCUCUAACUCGAAUCCUGCAGGUUCUUGUGGUUGCAUUGAGAAAUAAGAGGUUUGGACUGCCUGAGGAGCUGGAAGAAGCACAUGAAAGCAGUGCUGAGCGAGGCUCUACUAAAGCACUCUCCCAAACAAAUAGCCUCAAAUUCCUCGAUAAAGCUUGCAUUAACCAUGGCAAAGAAGGAGCCUGGUCACUUUGCAGUGUGACGAAGGUGGAGGAGACGAAGACUGUGCUCCGUAUGCUUCCUCUGUUUGUCAGCUCCAUGAUCGGAUAUGUAUCAAACCCUAUCAUCUUCACAUUCACCGUGCAGCAAGGUGGCAUGACAAACACAAGGCUGGGCAAGAUCCAUGUUUCCCCCGCGACACUCUUCAUCAUCCCCAUCACCUUCCAAAUGGUAAUGCUUGCCAUCUAUGACCGGUUCAUUGUGCCGUUCUUGCGCAGGCGCACAGGCUAUGCCAGUGGCAUCACUCAUUUGCAGCGCAUCGGCAUAGGUUUUGCCUCCAUGAUACUUGCAUCAGUCAUCGCAGCAGUAGUUGAGAGAAAGAGAAAAGUAGCUGCAGUGCAGAUGUCCCUGUUCUGGCUUGCGCCUCAGUUCUUCCUGCUGGGCGUGUCGGACGUGACUUCUUUUCCUGGGCUCCUUGAGUUCUUUAACAGUGAGGCACCACGGGGCAUGAAGUCCAUUGCCACAGCCUUGUUCUGGUGUGAGAUAGGGCUUGCUUCAUUGCUGGCCACCUUCCUGGUGCAAGCAGUGAACAGCAUCACGAGGCAUGGGCACCACGGAGGGUGGCUCGAGGGUUCAAGCUUGGACAGCAGCCAUCUUGACCUGUUCUACUGGGUUGUGGCUGUUGUCGGUUUGCUUGGUUUCCUUAACUACUUGUACUGGGCAAAGAAGUACGUCUACCGCCAGGAUACACGCAUCGUUGAUGAGCCAUCAGUCGAUCAAGAUUCACAUUGA